AUGUCCCGAGUGACUGACCUGACUGAUCUGUGUCAGUGGGCCAAAUCCUCAUCUCUCUGUCUGGGUCGGCCCUUCACCACCCCGGGGGCGGGCAGCGGGAAGUCAGGGGAGCGGUCCUCAGUGGAAUGUGCCUAUUCGUUGGCAGAGCAGGGCGGCGGAAAGGCAGAGCAGGGCGGCGGAAAGGCAGAGCAGGGCGACGGAAAGGCAGAGCAGGGCGACGGAAAGGCAGAGCAGGGCGGCGGAAAGGCAGAGCAGGGCGGCGGAAAGGCAGAGCAGGGCGACGGAAAGGCAGAGCAGGGCGACGGAAAGGCAGAGCAGGGCGGCGGAAAGGCAGAGCAGGGCGACGGAAAGGCAGAGCAGGGCGGCGGAAAGGCAGAGCAGGGCGACGGAAAGGCAGAGCAGGGCGGUGAAUGCAAGAAUAAUGACAUGGAGUCUGAUCCAGGACAACCAGGGACUGAAAGAAUAAACAACGUUUUGCCGCCGGCUUCUCAAACAAUCAGUUGAUUUCUAUUCUGAAUGGUUCACCAUUGUAAAGAAUAUCAGAUAUAUGUACUUAAGUAA